AGACUUCUUUUUUGUGGUAUGGAGAGAGAAAAUAAAGACUUCAGAGACUGUGAGAGAGAGAGAGAUUUUUUUUUAUUGCAAAAGAAUGAUUCUGUACUGAGAGAGCUCAAGUCUUAAGAGCACGAAAUCAGCUGACUUUGCAAGCGGGGCUCCGCGGUUUUAAGACUAAAUCAUGGAUAACCCAGUGAAAUCAUGGGGAGAAGAUUCUUUCGUUCACGAGUUUAUGGGCUUUAAGAUCGUGUUUUAGCUGAUGCGGUGUUGGUGUAAUUCUUACCGCACCUUGUUCUGGUGUGUCUGUCCCUGUGAAGUUGAACUAAACGGUGAGGAAUAUGCGUAAAGGUCCUAUUGAUCAACAGAAAAGCUAUGAACAAGUUCAUUAUGCUAAUGUGGACACUGGAAAUGGGGUAGUAGGGCCUGGAAAUCAGAGGUUUUUUCAUGAUCCAUCUGGGAAUAUCAAUACUAACAUCCGGCCUCCAGAUUAUCCAAUGUCGGUAAGAGCUAGACCUGUGUUGAAUUACUCAAUUCAGACGGGGGAGGAGUUUGCUCUUGAAUUCAUGCGGGAAAGGGUGAAUCCCAGGCAGCAUGUCUUUCCAAAUGCUUAUGAUGACCCAAGCACCGCACCUGGCUACAUGGAUCUAAAGAACAUGGUGGGAUUUUCUCAUACAGGUUCUGAAAGUGGAUCCGAUAUAUCCAAGCUUAAUCCAGCAGAAAAAGAUCGUAUCCAGGAGUUUGAAAAGAAGGGCGCUUCAGCCCCCGAUAAUAACAGUUAUCAUGAUUCCAUGCGAUCAGUUCCUCGAAGCUCAUCAAGGAAUGACAGUAAUCCAGGACUUCAUUGUUAUGCUUCUUCUUCCGCUUCUGAUAGUUCAUCAGCAAAGGUGAAGUUUCUCUGCAGUUUUGGUGGUAAAAUUUUGCCCCGUCCUAGUGACGGAAAGCUUAGAUAUGUUGGAGGAGAAACACGUAUUAUCCGGCUAAGCAAGGAUAUUUCUUGGCAAGAUCUUAUGCAGAAAACAUCAGCAAUUUACAGUCAAACUUAUACAAUAAAGUAUCAGCUUCCUGGUGAGGAUCUUGAUGCAUUGGUUUCUGUGUCAUGUGAUGAGGAUCUGCAGAACAUGAUGGAGGAGUGUAAUGUACUGAAUGGAGGAUCGCAUAAGCCCAGGAUGUUCCUAUUUUCUAGUAGUGAAUUAGAAGACGCUCAGUUUGGUAUGGGAAGUGUUGACGGGGAUUCUGAGAUUCAAUAUGUAGUUGCUGUUAAUGGAAUGGACUUAGGUUCAAGGAAAAACUCAAUUGCAGCCAGUGUUUCAGGAAACAAUUUGGAUGAGUUACUCAAUCUAAAUGUUGAUAGGGAGAUUGGCCAAGUUGCUAAUGAAUUAGCUGGUGCUGGCAUCACAUCAGCAGCUGUUGAUGUGCCUUCUGCAACAAUCCAAUCCUCUCAACUGGUGAUGGCAAGUUCAACAGGUUUAUAUGAGUCUAAUUCACACCAUUACCUGGGACAGAAGAUGCAGCAUGAGGAAGCUGGCGAGCAUCCAUUUUAUGCUUUUCACCCUGCCGAGAGAUCACCUCAGAUAGAUGGGAAUGCUAUGACUACUUCACCUGCCAUUUCACAGCAUUAUGGUUAUGGUUCUCACCCUACGAACUAUGCAGUUCCUGGAGAAAAUAUAUCGUCAAUGCCUCUGUAUGAGCAUCUGACUCAACAAGGACAUAUGAUUAGAGGACCAAAGUAUGCUGGUAUUCAUUUGCAGCAAUCGAACAUAUCUACAAAAGAGCCAAAAUUGAGGAGAGAUGGUUCAGCCCAGAAAAUAAAUGAAGCUGAGACAAGUCAAUCCUUGGAAAAGGAAAUUCCUCUAAAGGACUUAAAAAUGAAAAGAGAUGGCUCUCAGCCAGAGAUUAAUGAAACUGUUUCAGUUCGGACAUCAGGUGAGAACAUUACUUAUUCAAAUCCAAGUGAUGCUUCUGUUCCAAACAAUAUUUCUAGGGAAGACACAUCAGUCUCCAAUUUGGGCCCAGACGUGGAAUCACCUUUUUUAAGUAACAAAAGCAAUAAAAGCCAGCAGGAACUUGCACAAAAUUCAGUGCUCUAUGAAGCUGUAAAUGAAGGGAAGAAAAGUAAUGAUGUUGACCCUUUUUACUCAUCUAGUGGUGCAAGUGCUCCCAUUUAUGGAGGCCCUGAUACUGAUCCAGUUGACAGCUACGUUGAACCAUCUGUGGUUCCUCAAAGGGUUUUUCAUUCUGAGCGAAUUCCUCGUGAGCAGGCAGAGAUGAAUCGAUUGUCAAAAUCAGAUGAUUCCUUUGGUUCUCAGUUUUUGAUAACUCAAGCACGUUCAGAUUACUCUCAACCAGACACGGAGUCAGUUGAUCAGUUUCGUGAUGGGAAUGUGGCUUCUUAUUCUGAGCAGUCUAUCGCCUCUGCAAAACCGGCGAAUGCAAAUGUUCAGACUGUUGAAGAUGGUUUGGCACAAUUCAAAAGGUAUAAAGAGUUUGCUGAUAAUAUGAGUGAAACAAAUUCCAGUGUUUCUGAUGUGCUUGAGGCAAACUUACAGAAACCUGAAUCAAGAUACGUAGUUCUUAAUUCUGGAGAUGAUCCUGAAAUGGCCAUAAGCAGAAACACCAACAACGGCCGCUCUAUCUAUGAUAAGGAAGCAGCUGGGUUGAAUCAUCCUACACAAGGUCAAGGAACCCUAAAUAAACGCGUAGAUGAUGCCGUGUUAAAAAAAUCGGAAUUUGAAUCGAGUGAGAUAGGUUCCAGCAAGCAUACUGAAAACAAUGCUAAGGAGCAUGCACAGCCUUUGGUGCUGGCCGAGAAUCCAAUUAGAGCUGUUCCUCAAGGGGAGUCUGCUGUUAAUUUUGGCACUCCAGAACAGGGAGACAUACUUAUUGAUAUUAAUGACCGAUUUCCUAGUGAUUUUCUGUCUGAUAUAUUCUCAAAAGCAAAACUGUCCGAAAACCUUUCUGGCAUCAAUCCGUUGCAUGUUGAUGGUACUGGCCUAAGCUUGUACAUGGAAAAUCAUGAACCUAAGCAUUGGUCAUACUUUCGAAAGUUGGCUCAAGAUGAAUUUGUUAGAAAAGAUGUUUCUCUUAUGGACCAGGACCAUCUGGGUUUCUCAUCUCCAGUUACAAAUAUAGAAGGGCUUGCCAUUGACUACAGCUAUCCCCCUGUAACGUCUGAUGGAGGUGCCUUUGGUCAUGUUGAAUCGCAUGUCAAUUUUGGUGAGACCAUUCAGCCAGAAUCAUCCGGUAUUGGUGGACUGAACACGAUUGAUUACAGUCAAUCUCAACCCAAGGGCAGCGAAAGUGUACAAUUGGAUGGUGUGAACCCUAGAAUACCAGAAUCAGCAUAUGAGGAUGGGACGUAUCAUCAGAAUACUACUGCACCUAUUAUUGAUCUUCCUCUCGGAGAGUUUGACAUUAGUACAUUGCAGAUUAUAAAGAAUGAAGAUCUGGAAGAGUUGCGGGAGUUGGGUUCUGGCACAUUUGGAACUGUUUAUCAUGGAAAAUGGAGGGGUAGUGAUGUUGCCAUAAAGCGAAUAAAAAAGAGCUGCUUUACUGGUCGCUCAUCUGAGCAGGAGCGAUUGACAGUUGAGUUCUGGCGUGAAGCUGAAAUUCUUUCUAAGCUCCAUCAUCCCAAUGUGGUGGCUUUCUAUGGAGUGGUGCAAGAUGGUCCUGGAGGAACUCUAGCUACGGUAGCAGAGUUCAUGGUAAAUGGCUCUCUUAGACACGUCCUACUUAGCAAGGAGAGACAGCUUGAUCGCCGUAAGCGACUUAUCAUUGCCAUGGAUGCGGCUUUCGGGAUGGAAUAUUUGCAUUCGAAGAACAUAGUGCAUUUUGAUUUGAAAUGUGACAACUUGCUCGUCAACUUGAAAGAUCCUUCGCGUCCUAUUUGCAAGGUGGCCGAUUUUGGUUUGUCAAAAAUUAAAAGAAACACUUUGGUUACUGGUGGUGUAAGGGGAACUCUUCCAUGGAUGGCCCCGGAGCUAUUGAACGGCAGCAGCAGUAAGGUUUCUGAAAAGGUGGAUGUGUUCUCUUUUGGCAUUGUUCUGUGGGAGAUUCUCACUGGCGAGGAGCCUUAUGCCAAUAUGCAUUACGGAGCAAUUAUAGGAGGCAUAGUCAAUAAUACUUUAAGGCCACCCGUACCAAUUUUCUGUGAUCCUGAAUGGAAAUUGCUAAUGGAACAGUGUUGGGCUCCUGAUCCCAUACCCCGUCCGUCAUUUACAGAGAUAGCAAGACGCUUACGCAUCAUGUCUGCUGCAUGCCAAACUAAGCCGCAAGGCCAGCAGCCACCCAAGUAAGGGGUAUAUGCUUAUUUCCUUAUUAUGCCUCUCCAGCCUUAGAACAAACUAUAAUGAUCAGUCAUUUCUGCAUACGUAAUUAAGGUUCUGUGUAUUGUACGGGUUGGGAGGGAAGGGCUCUCAGGGAGAGAGAUUAUUGUGUUCUGUGCAGCUCUUGACAAAUAAAAGUGGUCUCUAUGUAAAGUUUAUUAUUUGUGCAACUCUAUUUAUACUAAAUAUAAGGUUUGAUAUCGAAUA